CUGGCCUCCCCACCAGGCAGACAGGUAACAUGAUCUCUGGCCUCCCCACCAGGCAGACAGGGAACAUCAUCUCUGGCCUCGUCACCAGGCAGACAGGGAACAUCAUCUCUGGCCUCGUCACCAGGCAGACAGGGAGCAUGAUCUCUGGCCUCGUCACCAGGCAGACAGGGAACAUGAUCUCUGGCCUCGUCACCAGGCAGACAGGGAACAUCAUCUCUGGCCUCGUCACCAGGCAGACAGGGAACAUCAUCUCUGGCCUCCCCACCAGGCAGACAGGGAACAUCAUCUCUGGCCUCCCCACCAGGCAGACAGGGAACAUGAUCUCUGGCCUCGUCACCAGGCAGACAGGGAACAUCAUCUCUGGCCUCCCCACCAGGCAGACAGGGAACAUGAUCUCUGGCCUCGUCACCAGGCAGACAGGGAACAUCAUCUCUGGCCUCGUCACCAGGCAGACAGGGAACAUGAUCUCUGGCCUCGUCACCAGGCAGACAGGGAACAUCAUCUCUGGCCUCGUCACCAGGCAGACAGGGAGCAUGAUCUCUGGCCUCGUCACCAGGCAGACAGGGAACAUCAUCUCUGGCCUCGUCACCAGGCAGACAGGGAACAUCAUCUCUGGCCUCGUCACCAGGCAGACAGGGAACAUCAUCUCUGGCCUCCCACCAGGCAGACAGGGAACAUCAUCUCUGGCCUCCCCACCAGGCAGACAGGGAGCAUGAUCUCUGGCCUCGCCACCAGGCAGACAGGGAACAUCAUCUCUGGCCUCCCCACCAGGCAGACAGGGAACAUGAUCUCUGGCCUCGCCACCAGGCAGACAGGGAACAUGAUCUCUGGCCUCCCCACCAGGCAGACAGGGAACAUGAUCUCUGGCCUCCCCACCAGGCAGACAGGGAACAUGAUCUCUGGCCUCCCCACCAGGCAGACAGGGAACAUGAUCUCUGGCCUCCCCACUACCCCUGAGUGUACAAAACAUUAGGAAAACACCCCUUUUCCCUUCAUAACUGCCUCAGUUCCUCAGGUCCUGGACUCUACAAGGUGUGGAAAGCGUUCCACAGGGAUGCUGGCCAAUGUUGACUCCAAUGCUUCCCACAGUUGUGUCAAGUUGUCUGGAUGUCCUUUGGGUGGUGAACCAUUCUUGAUACACACGGGAAACUGUUGAGCGUGGAAAACCCAGCAGCGUUGCAGUUCUUGACACAAACCGGUGCACCUGGCACCUACCUCCAUACCACUUAAAUCUUUUGUCAUGCCCAUUCACCUUCUAAAUGGCACACACACACACACACACACACACACACAAUCUGUGUCUCAAUUGUCCCAAGGCUUAAAAAUCCUUCUUUAACCCGUCUUCUCCGCUUCAUCUACACUGAUUGAAGUGGAUUUAACUGGUGACAUCAAUAAGGGAUUAUAGCUUUCACCUUCAUUCACCUGUAUAUCGGGAUAUUACUUCUGACAAAAUAUUGUACUGUUUUGACAAUAUGACAAUAUUAUUUUUGCGCUACUUGGCUGUACCUGCACUAAAACUCCAGUGUGUUUCUUUCAUAGUUUCAUAGUUUGUUCUCAUCUUCUUUUUAAAUAGUAAGACAUGUUUUCAGCACUUUUAUUUCCCCGACUGAUCAACAGCAGUUCUCAUGU